CCGUCCGCUCGCCAUAUAACUCUCCGUCUCUGUUAUCAGGCGUGCGACGCGUUGUUGUUGUGCGUGCGUGACCGAUCGCGUCCAUUUACCCCGUGUGUCCCCGAGACGCGAUAUCAUCAUCAUCAUCAUCGUAUACAUAUAUAUAUACACAUUAUCCGCCGACCACCGUACACAUACGCUCGCUCAGACGAACACACACACGCGAACGCGCGCGCGCAUACGGGAACCUUUUUUUUCGUUACAAGAGAUAUAGUAAAUUUUUUUCCCGUUGAAAAUUAAGCGAAAACCAUGAGCAUUACCGUUGCGGUGAACGCGACCGACGGCGCGAACGGGCCGCAAGCGGCCGUCUGUCAGUCGGCGGCGCAACACAACAAUUGCGGCGACUACAACGGUACCAGCGAUGGCGGCGGCGGCGACGGCGGCAUCGGCAUCGACGGCGGCGGACUCGGCGUCGGCAGCGUCAACGGAGACGCGCCUGUCGUGUUAAACAACGAGAGAAAGGACCAACGGCUUGAAAAAGAUUGUAGAAAUCUUUUAAAUCAAAAAGACAAGGAUUGUUGCUAUAACUUAAGUGAUUUUAUUAGGAAUAAAGAUUUAAAUGAAGAAAAUGAAGUCCAAAAAUGGGAAACAAAAUGGAAUUCUCUUAUGUCUUAUAUUCGUACAGUAUAUCGAAUGGCUAUGGAUGGUGUUGAGGUCGAACGCUAUCCCCCUCAUAAUAUAUUUAAAGAAGCUGCUUACGAAUCUAAAAGUUGUGAUUCUUAUCAUGUAUUUCAAAAUGUUGAAAACCUAGUUAUGGAAUUUGUAUUAGAAGCAAGGUCUAGGCAAGUGCAAAUACUAGAAAAAAAGAAUAAAGAAACACCAGAAAUGCCUCAAGUCUUUGUAUUUUGUUUAUUAGACAGCUAUCGAAGAUUAAUGGCUGCUACUGAUCAUUUAAAAGAUGUUAUUAAACCUAUUGAAGAAUAUCAUUUAUCAAAAUUUAACUUAUCUUGGCGAAUGAUGAAUCAAUAUUUGUAUCACAGUCGACUUUAUGCUGAUAGAACGAUAUAUCAUCUUGUUACUACAUUUAUAGAACAAAUUUUAUCAGUACCGAUGUUGUCAAAGUCUUUAUUGAGUGCUAGUUUAAUCCAUGAUUAUACAAAAUUUGUUAAGGAGGUAAAACUUAAUAUAUCAGAAUGGGCAGAAGCAAGAACAUGUAUUCAUAACAUCAAAUGUAAUGAAGUUUGGGCUAUGGGUGCAAAAAAAUAUAAAGAUACUAUGUUGAAAGAAGAAAAUGGUUUGUUUUCUUCAUCACUGCCACCAAAUGAUGAGUUUGUAAUAGAUCUUAGUAUCCCAACUCCACCUCAAUCACCUGCACCUGAGUAUCAGGAAAGAGCAGAUAAUGAUAAUUGUGAAGAUAUAGAUGAUGAUGGUGUUUCUAAUUUUUGUGACUGCAUACAUACUGUGGAAACCCGAAAAAAUUCCUCUGUAGAUUUUGAUCAGUAUACACAGAAUGGAAAAUGUAAUAAUUUACAAGAAGCUGAAGAAAUUAAUUCAAUUACUUUUUCAUAUUCUAAUAUGAAAGAAAAAAUGCUAUGUUUUUAUAGUGGCGAAACAUUUAAUGAUGAAGAUGAAAAGCCAGUAUUAAAGAGAAAUAUAACUAAAAAUCUUGGGAAAAAGGUACUUAAUUCAGAUGCUCAAAUCAAGUCGAAACCUGUGGUUAAUGUAAAAUGCCCAUCAACCAUAGACAGAAAUGUAACAUGUAAAGUAGAAAUAGAACAGUUACCUAAAAGACGACACCCAUAUCCACAAGUAAAUAAACCUACAGAACCAACAGUUAAACAAAACAAUCGUCCAGUCCAUGGUCAUUCAUGCCAUAAACAUACUGAACAUGCAAAACGAAUGCAUCAUCAUGAUGAAAUAUCUGAAUGUAGUUCAGGCCGAUCAAGUCAAGAUGACAGUUGCUCAGAACGUUCUUCUUCAAGUCCGAGGCAAUGUGACUGUUGUUAUUGUGAAGUUUUUGGCCAUGGAGUUCCUUCUGUUGCACCAGUUAGUCGUAAUUAUCAAGAAAUGAGAGACCGAUUAAGAAACCUUUAUUUAUUAAAAAAAGCCAAACAAACGGGUGAACUCAGAUUAAAAACAAAAGAACCGAAUGUGCAUAGACCCCUUCCUGUUCAUCCACCUAAAAAUCUUCCUCAAUCAGUAGCUGAUAAAAAUGGUGCUGUUAGCGGAGUUCAACAACAAAAAGUAGAGCCAUUAAUUGUAACCAAAGUAACCAUUAAUGAAAAAAUGAAAUGCAAUAGUGAAAAUGUACCCGAAAAAUUUCUAAAAGAAUUAUCUGAAAAGCCUAUAGAUGAAAUAGUCAAUUUCAUUGAAGGAAAUAAAGCAAUUAAUGAAAAAAGAGCUGCAAAAAAAGCUAGACGCAGAGAAAAAAAAGAGGAAAUGGAGAGAAUAAAAAAAGAAGAAGAAGAGGCUGAACGUAAAAGAAUUGAAGAAGAACGUAAAAAACAAGAAAUAGAAAGACUGAAGCGCGAGGAAGCGUUAAAAAAAGAAAAGAAAAAAGGUAAAAAUCAAAACAAACAGCAAAAACAGAGUCAGCAACAAAAGCAAGUUACUAAUUCUAAGACACAGCAAGUAACCAAACAACAAGUACAGCAAAAUACUCAAUCUUCUAAAAAGAAAAACAAACAAUCUCAAGGAAAUGGCAAUAAAGAAAAUAUAUCAACUAAAUUAGAUGAUAAAUCUAAAAAAGAUAUUGUAGAUAGUGCCAAAAUGGUAACAAUAAAGAGAGAUUCAGAUAGUUCUAAAGUAACCAUUACUUUUAGAGGAGCAGUUGGUGACGAUGUUUUGUGUACUUUAUACGACAAUGAAGCUGUUAAAGCAAUUCAGAGAUUAUGUGAUAAUAGUAAACAGCCUCAAAAUAGUACAGAAGAAAAACCCAUUAAAAAGAGAAGUAGAAAUCGUAAAAAGAAACAAACUGAACCUGAAACUCAACAACCUGAAACUCAACCUAAUUCAAAACCAGUAGAAAGUGUUUUAAUCACUAAUAAAAACGCACCAAAGUUACCAUCAAAUAUGAAAUGGUAUUGUUCGCCAGAUGUCAACAUUACACCAGUGCCAAAUACUUCAAAUUCUGUUCAGCAAAAACCUAACACAGUGUUAAUAAAACGAAGUAAUAAUAAUCAAGUAUUCACACGCCCUUUACCACCACCAUCACAACCAAUGCCACUUACAAGUCCAACUGCUAUACAAAUAAACGAAGCUGUUAAUAAAAUAUCUUCAUCGUCUGCUCCUAUUGAUAUUGAAAAAUUACAGUUACCUCCUGGAAUUACUAUAACUAAACUUGACCCUUGUGAUUAUAAACCGCCAAGAGAUAUUCAACAAUCAACUGAAAAGUCUAAACCUGCAUCAACAUCACAACAAUUUCCAUUUGCCUCGCCUGCUGCAUUGUCACCUUUUACUAUGCAGCAAAAUGCUCAAAAUAAUGUUGUGGUUGUUAAGACUGAUGGUUAUGAUUAUGAAGGAUCUACAGAAUGGAGUGGUGCAGCAAGUAAACGUCAUAGACGCCGUAAGAAAAUCAAUGGAGGGCCUUUAGAUGACACGAACUCAGAAAAUAUUCAACCUGGUUUUACAAUAACUCAAAAAUCAUCAACAAGAGAUCCAUGUAGUGAAGAAGGUAAGACCAUCGCUGGACAAAUACCAACUAACACACCACGAACUAUGCCGUUGCCAGUGAUUAUUCAAAGGCAUGGUGGUAUGGUUACUAUAAGAAAUCCACUGUACCAGCGCAAUGAUGAUGCCAUUCUGACAGAAAAUAAAGACUUACAAGUUAACGGUGGCGACGACGACAACGCUAAUCCAUCUGGUAAGCGGAGACGUCGUCGCCGGCGGGUUAAGGGCGGCUCCAAACAGACGGAUGUUGAGGAAAGCGUGUUCGAGCCAAAAGACAUAGACCUGGAGGAUGGAGAGAUGGAUGAUGAUGAACGAGAAUUAGAAGCAUUUAAGCGGUUUUGCUUGCAGUCAGUGCCGCCACAGCGCAAAGAAAAGGUACACCUGAACAUCAAGGACAUAGUUUUGAAGAAAAAGAGUACCGCCGCGGCAGCAGCUGCUGCAGUCGGGUGUGUGUAACAUUACAUUUUAUCACUCCUUUCAUAUACGUUGUGUUCUUUAGAUCCCUCAUUAUUUUUCAUAUUCAACUGUAAGUCUUGCAGUGUUUCAUUGUCUCUCUUUUGAAAAACCUAUUUUCCUUUUUUUUUAUAUGUCUGACGUGAUUCGUAUUUUAAGUUAAACUUACAAUUUAAGUAAUUUUUAGACCCAGACUUAACUUAUAAGUAUUUUUUUUUUUAAUGUUACUAUGCAUGAUAUAAUUUGUGCUAUAUCAGUGAAUGUUUCAAACAAUUGAUGUAGAACCAAAACCAUUGAGCACAUUUAAAAUGAUUGUAUAAUAUUAUAAUAAAUGGUAUUUGAAUAUAUACGUAUAUAUAUAUAUUAUAUAUAUAUACAUACAUAUGUAUAAUAUUACAUACAUCAGCGCCUGUUAUUAGUAUUAAUGUUAAAAGUCAACAAAUAAGAAAAUAAAUUUGGUGUACAUAUAUUUAAAAUA